GCGCCACCAAUCGUUGCUGCGCUUUAUAUCCCAAUACCGACGAUGUCCAAGAAGCUCGAGACGAAGCCGCAGGUGAUUGUGAUCCUUGAGAACGCUGCGCUGGAGACGGUCAAGACCGCCAAGGGCCACCAGCUCCUCAACUGCGAUGACCACAAGGGCAUCCACAAGAAGCACAACAAGGACCCGUCGGCGUCGCGCCCCGAUAUCUUGCACCAAGAGCUCAUGGCGCUGCUCGACAGUCCGCUCAACAAGGCCGGGUACCUCAAGGUCUACAUUCGCAGCGCCAAGAACGUGCUCAUUGAAGUGAGCUCGCAAAUGCGCAUCCCGCGCACGUACAAGCGCUUCGCCGGCCUCAUGGUGCAAUUGCUCCACACGCUCAAGAUUCGGUCGUCGGACGGCAAGACGACGCUGCUCAAGGUCAUCAAGAACCCGAUCGACGCGCACUUGCCGGCCAACAUUAAAAAGUACGGCUGUUCGUGCACGGGCAACCUCGUGGACCCGUGGGAGUUUGUCUCGGAGCUCCCGCGCGAGCCGGUCGUGUUUGUGCUCGGCGCGAUGGCCCACGGCCACGUCUCCAAGGAGAUGUGCCCAUACGUGGACGAGAUGAUCUCGGUCUCGGAAUACCCGUUGAGCGGUGCGCAGGCCGUCGCGCGUCUUCUCAACGGCUUUGAGCGCCACUACGGCGUCUUGUAAAGACUUUGCCUAAUUCAUACGUUCCUACCCUCCCUCC